UUCCGCUGGCUUAUGGUCCUUUUAAAAUUCCAAGACCGUUUGGACCGAAGCCAUUGAGCAUCGAUAACAAACGUGUCGAUUUGUUUUUAUUAUAUUUGUGAAUAAUGUGAGGACAUGUCGGAUUAUUGGGAGAAUUUACGAAGAAAAGGGAAGAUUGUCGACGAGGGGAUCAAACGGCUGGAUAAACAAUGGGAGACGCCACAUAUUUUCAUAAAUAAAUGUGGAGAAGGAGAGGCGAGCAAACAAUUGGAGAAUUUUUUGGAAACAAUUAAAGACAUUCACGAUGAAAUUAUUGAAGACAAUCAGCCAAGGGAUGACUACAUCGCAGACGUGGACAGGUUCUCGGACGAAUGUGCAAGUAUUUACGAGGAUAUAAAGCAACAAGUAGACGAAAUUGAGACUCUUUUGACUGAAUUUGGAUAUGGGAGCCUUGAGCAGUCAAAAUUGGCACGAGAAACUGAUGGGAACAGCAGUAUCUUGACUCCAGACAUGAUGGAAAGUCUCGAAAUUACCGGCGAAUGUCCCAUAGACAUGCCUGCAAAUGAGCAAGAAAACAUUGCUCCCAACAAAUCAACGAAAAACGACAUGCCUAAAUUCAUUGCCACUCCUGUUAUCAAGAGUCUUGCUUCCUUGAAAUUGGAGGUAUCCAGUAAGACUCCCCUGACGGCAUCCACUUCGUCAGGUUAUCCUCGGGAACCCCUCUAUUCUCCUUAUUAUUACAAGGCCUAACACUUCAGUUGUCGAGAUAUGCUUACAUCUACAAAUAUCUUUUUUAUUACAUUUUUUGUCAACGAAUACGAUUUUUUAUAGAACCAUGCAACUGUAAAUAAACCCAAUUGUUUCAUA